UUAUGGAGAUCCUGAACAGCUGUGUAGACUGUGAUGAGAUCCAGUUUAAGGAGGAUGGCUACUGGGCCCCCAUGAGGACAAAGAAGGAAGUACAGGAGGUCUCGUCAGCCUCCUACAGCAACGGACUGGAAGGCUUGCACCGGUCGGCGGUAGGGGAGCAGAGGAGCUCGUCGUCCCACAACGGGGGCAGUAGUAGGAUGAAGGUAGAGGUGAUCGACCUGACCCUGGACAGCUCCUCAGAGGACGACGAUGAUGACCAACCGCCCCUCAAGAGGCCCUGCCCCUCCCUGUCCCCCACCUCGCCUCCCAUCGUCAACAAGGGAGUGUUGAACCUGCACCACCAGGUGUCCCCAGUGAGCCGGACCCCCAGCAUGCCGUCUGUGGACACCAGCUACAUCCCCCCUGUACCUCCCCUCAUCCAGGACUACCGUCCCUACUACCACGCCCCAAACCAGCUCACAG